CGAUGUGACGUACUAUUGGAGGCGUUGGCCGGUGUCACUCUGGCUUGUGUGAAAACCCCGAGACGGAGCAGACGUCCUUUUUAAAUAGAUUGUGAGCGAAACCGAAUUUGACGGCGCCAGAUAUUUUAACUUUUAGUUUCGAUUUGUGCUACAUCUUGGUUGUUUGUCUGAGCCUGCCGAAAUGAUCAAGAACGGUCACCACGCUACCGACGGCCAGCGGGAUGAAGCCGGUCGCAGUAAGCCGGGUAGUUCAGUGUGCAGCCCGGAGAAAAGGAAGCGCGUCGUCCGGUUGUGGUGCGAUGGCUGUUAUGACAUGGUGCACUACGGUCACUCCAACCAGCUGCGGCAGGCCAAAGGCAUGGGGGAUUACCUCAUAGUUGGAGUGCAUACAGAUGCUGAGAUUUCCAAGCACAAGGGUCCUCCAGUCUUCACUCAGGAAGAACGCUACAAGAUGGUGAGGGCCAUUAAGUGGGUGGAUGAGAUAGUUGAAGGAGCACCUUACGUCACCACACUGGAGACUCUAGACAAGUACAACUGUGACUUCUGUGUGCACGGAGAUGACAUUACGCUGACGGUCGAUGGGAAGGACACUUAUGAAGAGGUGAAACGUGAGGGACGGUACCGGGAAUGUAAACGCACACAGGGUGUCUCCACCACUGACCUAGUGGGUCGAAUGCUUCUCAUGACCAAAGCCCACCACAGCAACAUGGACAAUCCAGAUUACCAGCAGCAUACAGACAACUUUGGGAAGGGUCCUAAAGGCCACAGUCCAUGGACAGGUGUGUCUCAGUUCCUCCAGACAUCCCAAAAGAUCAUCCAGUUUGCCUCAGGAACAGAGCCGCAGCCCGGAGACACCAUCAUCUAUGUGGCCGGGGCAUUCGAUCUCUUCCACAUUGGCCAUGUUGACUUCUUAGAGAUGGUCUAUAAGCAGGCAGAGAGACCCUACGUCAUCGUAGGUCUGCACUUUGACCAGGAAGUAAAUCGGUACAAGGGGAAAAACUAUCCAAUCAUGAACAUCCAUGAGCGAACACUGAGUGUCCUGGCCUGUCGGUAUGUGUCAGAGGUGGUGAUUGGUGCACCGUAUGCAGUAGGCAAAGACCUGCUCGAUCAUUUUAAGGUGGACCUGGUGUGUCAUGGCAAGACGGAGGUGUUUCCAGACAAGGAUGGGUCAGACCCCUAUGCUGAGCCAAGGAAGAGGGGGAUCUUCAGGACUAUCGACAGUGGGAACAAUCUCACCACUGAUGACAUUGUCCAGAGGAUCAUUGAAAACAGGCUGCAGUUUGAGGCCAGGAACCAAAAGAAGGAGGCUAAGGAGAUGGCGGUUAUCGAGGCAAUGAAGAAGAGAGAGCAGCAGGACCAGAGUGAAGCUGCAGCCCAGGCUGCUCACUUGUGAGACCUCAGAUCUGAUUCUGGGUCUGAUUUACUUGUCCUGGUACACACAGCUUUAAGAGGGUGGACUCAACUGACCCAGAUGGACAGUCCAUGUUAAACUGGGCCUGCCUCAGUGGAAAGACCAAGGAGGGGGACAGGCGGUGUCUGCUAGACCACUGGGGGAAAUCCUGCUUUGAAUAUUUGGUAUGGCAGUGUGUCCUACAUGCUGCUGGGUUAGCUUCUCUCUGUCUUCAUCUAUACUGACUACUGCAGCCGACUGGGAUUAGAAUAGAUCUGCCAUGACACGAACACAAACACAUAAAAUGUUCUAUAAUUUAAUCUGCAAAGUCCCUUUAAACCCCUCGUCCUCAACAGAAAACUUUUUAAUGUCAUCUUCUUUCAUGUAUCAUUUUGUCCUAGGAACCACUCAGUGCUUGUUCCUGUGAAGGUGUACAAGUGAUAUGUUAAGUUUGUAAUAAGCCAUAACUUUUUAACAAAAAGUUGACGUCGUUGUCAGUUAUGUUUCUAGAUUUUAUGCCAUAUAGGUUUUUAAUGAUCAGUUUUUAUCAGUGUCAUCAGUAAAGUUGAAUGUGGUCUGUUUUAUAAUACACUUAGAAAACACUGAUUUAUUUUAAUUUCUUACAUUAUGUUUUAGUUCAUCCUGAAAAGAAACAUUAUUGCAACAGAAAAUGAUCAAUGAAUCAGUCUUUUAAUUUUACCUGUGGAUUUUAACUACCUGAAUUUGCACCAAGCGUGUGUGUGUGUGUGCCUGCCUGCGUGUGUGUGUGUGUGCAUGAGUGAGAGAGAGUUGAGUGAGGUUAGUGAGUUUGAGCGCUGUAAAUGACAGUAGUGCCUCAUUCCCAAAGCUAUACUGUUUAACUAAUUUAAGGGCUGUGACUUGUAUAAAACACUUCCAAACUACCAGCGUGUCUCUGUAGCAGUUGCUAAAGUUGUCCUUUCUUCAGCCUUUUUUCAAAAAAUGUGUUUUAAAAAAACAAGAAUUUAAUUUUGUUAAACUGCUUCUGCAAACUUUUGUAGAUUGAAGAAGGAUUUUCCUGUUGCUAAAUGGAGGCAUAUUGUACUUGGAGGCGACUUGUUAAUAUUGUGAGACAGUGUGUCUGUGGGAUGGAGGCAGGCUGAGAAAUAAAUAUGUUUCUAAAUAGUAGAUGUUGGGACUUUUCACAACUUUUCAGUCACUAUACUGCAAUGUGUACAUUUCCCUUUUAAUAAAUAAAAAACUAAUAUGGUAAAGUGUCA